CAGUUACAGCCUCCAUCAUUGCGAGUCCGACUUCUACUUACUCGAGCCCAAGUCCUCCCACCCCCACUUCGCUGCUAUCUCCAAGCGCGAAGUUUUCUGAUCAGUUACAGAUCAUACAGACACUAUUAAUACCACCAUAGUCAUCAUAACGACCAGCAAAUUAGCAUACGAAGCAACCAAGUGAUCAUGGCUGUCCGUGCUCAAUUCGAGAAUUCCAACGAUGUUGGAGUCUUCUCCCGCCUCACCAACUCAUACGCCCUUGUUGCCAUCGGCGCUUCCGAGAACUUUUACAGUGUCUUCGAGGCCGAAUUGCAGGAUGUCAUCCCCAUUUGUCACGCUACUAUUGCCGGUACUCGUAUCGUCGGUCGGCUGACGGCAGGAAACCGCAAGGGUCUUCUCGUCCCCACCACCACCACAGACCAAGAGCUCCAGCACCUCCGGAAUACACUACCAGAUUCUGUAAAAAUCCAACGGAUAGAGGAGCGACUAUCGGCCCUGGGCAAUGUCAUCUGCUGUAACGAUCAUGUUGCGCUGAUCCACCCCGACCUGGAGCGUGAGACGGAGGAGAUCAUUGCCGAUGUCCUCGGCGUGGAAGUCUUCCGACAAACCGUGGCCGACAACGUCUUGACCGGCUCCUACAUGGCCCUCUCCAACCAGGGUGGUAUCGUCCACCCCAAGACCUCGAUCCGCGAUCAGGACGAGCUCUCUUCUUUGCUGCAGGUGCCUCUUGUCGCCGGUAGUGUCAACCGCGGUAGCCCCGUGGUCGGCGCUGGCAUGGUCGUGAACGACUGGCUGGCCGUGACGGGUCUGGAUACGACGGCGACGGAGUUGAGCGUUAUUGAGAGCGUUUUCCGGCUGGGUGAGAUGGGUCCCCGUGGUGUCGGCCAGGGCAAUGCCAACAAGGAGAGCAUUGUGGAGAGCUUCUACUAAACUUCUCCCUUUUACUUGUGCGAUUGUCAUGUUGUUUAUGAAACCCAUUCCCAUACACAUUCUGAAAUAUCCUUAUUGUGUCAUGACUCUGUGCAACCGUGUCGAGCGCGACGG